AUAAUCAUCAUUCUCCGUCCUCGAUUGCUCUAAACUGUUUCGCCUGCCCGAAAUGUCCUCCACAAACUCGCCCUCGAAGCCCUUCGACAUCGCUAUAGUCGGCGGUGGGAUAUCCGGCCUCACCCUCGCAAUCGCCCUCCUCCAGCAUGGGAUCCCCCUCACAAUUUACGAAGCUGCGCCGCACUUCGGCGAAAUCGGCGCCGGCGUAGCCUUCGGGCCCAAUGCCGCCCUCGCCAUGAAGCUCAUAUCCUCCAAGAUCCACGCCGCCUUCAAUAGUUGCAAGACUACGAACCAGUGGUCCAGCAAACAUCGAACGUGGUUCACAGUGCGCGUCGGCGACGCGAGGAAAGCGGAUAAGGAUGGCUUCGUGAAGGAAGGGACGAAGGUGGGCGACGCGCUGUUUGACGUGGAAUUCGGGAGGGACACGGAUAGCGGCGGGGUCUACAGAGCGCACUUCCUGGAUGAGCUGGUCAAAGAAAUCCCCGAUGGCGUCGCCAAGUUUGGGAAGAGGUUGGACACCAUUAGUCCGGUUGAAGAUGGCUCCGGGGAUGUGGUAUGCCAUUUCGCGGAUGGCACGAGCGCGAGACAUAGCGCAGUAAUUGGAUGCGACGGGAUCAAAUCCCGGACGCGAGAAUGGCUGCUGGGCAAGGAGGAUCCGGCUGCGAGAGCUGUCUUCUCGGGGAAAUACGCAUACCGCGGGCUGAUACCGAUGGAUAAAGCGGUGGAGAUGCUGGGCGAGGAAGUCGCGAAGAACAGCCAGAUGUUUUUCGGAUAUCACGGACAUCUGCUCACGUUCCCGAUUGAAAAGGGCAAUACGAUGAAUGUCGUCGCUUUCAACUCCUGUGAGCAUUGGGACAACCCUCAAUGGGUCAUCAGUACGACCAAAGAAGAGAUGAACGCUGAAUACGCCGCCUGGGGUCCGCACGUCCAGAAAAUCAUCCGCGCCAUGCAAAAGCCUGAUAUCUGGGCGCUCUUCUACCACCCUCCUUGCUCCACCUACUACAAAGGGCGUGUCUGUCUGCUUGGCGAUGCGGCGCAUGCGACUACGCCUCACCACGGCGCUGGCGCAGGUAUGUGCAUAGAGGAUGUGCUGAUACUUAGCACUUUGAUGAAGGAAGCAAAGAGCGUAGGGGAUCUGGAAAGGUGCUUCAAAGCGUAUGACGAGGUGCGGAGGCCGAGGAGUCAGCGGAACGUGACAGGCAGCAAGGAGGCCGGAAUGCUCUAUGAUUUCGAGCUGGAGGGGGACGACUUGGAUAGAGUUGAGAAGAACUUCACCUCGCGGAUGCGCUGGAUUUGGGAUAUAGAUUUGGAGGAGGAGAUUGAGAGAGCGAAGAAGAUCUAUCAGGGUGGGAGCGCGAAGAUAUAGAGCCAUUCCACCGCUGCUCGACAUUGGACGACAUAGAGGGUAUACACUUGAUUCCCGCCAUAUGCGCAGAUGAAGUCCUCAGUCUAUAACAUCGUCCCUCAUCGCGAAAAUCUCCUUCAGCACAUCAUCCGUUUUGCUCCCGAUAGCAUUAUGAUACAUCGCAUUCGUCACGAACGGCUUACACCCCCUAAUCGUCCUCGCCGUCUCCAUGCUCAGGUCAAAAUCCACAUACAUGUCAUCCACAUACACCGCCGCGUAAACCGGCACCUCGUUCCGCUUCAA